AUGAAGUUAAAGUUGGAUGAGAAAUUUCUUCCGCUAGAUUACUCACAGUCCUUGUACCAGAAGUUCCACCGUCUUUACUAUCGCAAUGAACAAUCUAUGGCUGAUUACACAGAGCAAUUCCAUAAGUUGUUGGGUCGGAUUAAUCUUAUGGAAAUAAAUGAUCAGCUUGUUGCAAGAAACACAAGUGGUUUCAAAGUCAAUCUUCAAGGGGAGUUAAUGAUGCAUCCCAUCCAUUCGCUUGAAGAGGCAUGUCAAAUGGUGCUUAAAGCAAAGGAAAAAUUUAAAUGGGCCUCUUUUAGAAAAGAUGACCGCAGUAAAGGUUUCAAGUGUGGUGAGGCUGGUCAUCAUGCAUAUGAAUGUCCUUCCAAGAAAGCUGAGGAGAAUGUUGUUCAAGAAGGACAAGAAGAAAAAGAUGAAGAGCCUAAAGGUGCAACUGAAAAGGAGUAUUGUGAACCUGACUGCGAUGUUGAAAGUCUUGUGAUUCGACGGGUAAUGACUGUUCAAGAAGAUGAUCAAUGGCUCUUCUUCCAAACUUAUUGCUUGACCAAUGAAAAAAAGUGUAUCUUGAUGGUUGAUACUAGAAGUGUAGAAAAUAUGGUGUCCAACACGAUGGUCGAAAAGUUGAAACUUCCAUUUGAGCAGCAUCCUAAACCCUACAAGGUGUCAUGGUUCAAGAAAGGAGGAGAGGUUUUGGUAACACAAAGAUGCCAGGUGAAAUUCUCCAUUGGAAAGUAUGAAGACAAGCUUUAUUUUGACGUCCAUCUUAUGGACGCUUGUUACUUACUCCUUGGGAGACCAUGGCAAUAUGAUCAAUGUGCUCAACAUGAUGGGAGGAAGAACACCUACAUAGUUAAGAAAGGUGGGGUAACAUUUGUGUUGAACCCUUUGAAGGAUGCCACCACGAGUGUGGCAUCUCAAGGCACGGUUAACUUGCUGUCCUAUAGAGUUUUCGAACAAGUUUUCAAUAAAGAAAAGGUGGCAUGUGCUUUGGUGGUUAUAGGGGAAGAUAAGGAAGAUGCUAGAGAUGUUCCUGAAGAAGUUUCAAGUCUAUUCCAUAGAUUUGAAGGUUAUAUUGUGAGUGCAGAGGGGAUGCAAAUGGAUGAGAAAAAGGAGUUUCAGUCGACUAAGGAAGCACAAAGGAGUUUUCAACUUUUGAAGGGAAAGCUUGUGGAAGCUCUAGUGCUAGCUCUACCCAACUUUUCAAAAAUAUUCCAAGAGUGUGAUGCUUCAAAUGUGGGUAUAGGUGUUGUCCUAAUGCAAGAAAGGAGCCCAAUUGCUUAUUUCAACGAGAAAUUAACUGAUGCCAAGAAGAGGUAUUCAACUUAUGACAAAGAGUUGUAUGCAAUUGUGCAAGCGUUGCAACAUUGA